CCCACGCUGCCUGAGACACACGGCCGUCUGCUCCCCAGACAAAAAAAAAAAAAAAGAUGGAGAAAAAGAGCGAGCUCAAUGGACAUGCGAUGCCCAGCUCCGCGUCCACAGCUCGGAUGCUGGAGAACAGCGAACAGGAGGAGCCCUGCGUGGAGGAGCAGCAGGAGGAGCAGAAGAAAAAGCAGAGGGGCUUCAGGGAGAGGCUGUGCGCUUUCCUGAGCCGGAACCUGCUGGUGAUCCUCACCGUGUCCGGCGUCCUGGUGGGCGUCGGGCUCGGCAUGGUGGUCCGCAGCAUGGAUCUGACCAAAGCGCAGAUGAGCCACUUCGCCUUCCCCGGAGAGAUGCUGCUGCGGAUGCUGAAGAUGAUCAUCCUGCCGCUGGUGGUCUGCAGCCUGGUGUCCGGCGCCGCCAGCCUGGACACCCGCUCCCUGGGAAAGCUGGGGGGCAUAGCGGUCGCAUACUUCCUGGUAACCACGCUGAUCGCCUCGGGGAUCGGGGUGGCGCUGGCCUUUAUCAUCAAACCGGGGGUUGGAGCCGGAGCCCUGAACACCAACAGCCUGGGGUUGGAGAGCGUCAGCAGCAACAAGGAGACCACUGACUCCUUCCUGGACCUGGCCAGGAAUCUGUUUCCAUCGAACUUGGUGGCGGCUGCUUUCCGUUCUUAUGCCACGGAUUACAAAAUGGUUGCUGUGGGUAACGAUACCAAUGGGACAAUCCUCUAUCAAAAGGUGCCGAUUGGAACUGAAACAGAUGGCAUGAACAUCCUGGGCCUGGUGCUGUUUGCUAUGGUGUUCGGUGUGGCCCUGCGGAUGCUUGGACAGGAGGGAGAAGAGCUAAUUCGUUUCUUUAACGCAUUCAAUGAGGCAACGAUGGUGCUGGUGUCCUGGAUCAUGUGGUACAUUCCCUUUGGCAUCAUGUUUCUUGUGGGAAGUAAGAUCGUAGAAAUGGAGGAUGUGGUUCUUCUGGUCACAAGUCUGGGGAAAUACAUCUUUGCUUCAAUCUUGGGCCACAUCAUCCAUGGAGGCAUUGUUCUUCCCCUCAUCUACUUUGCAUUCACACGAAAAAACCCCUACAGUUUCCUUUCAGGCCUCAUCACACCUUUCACCACCGCCUUCGCCACCUGCUCCAGUUCAGCAACUCUUCCUUCAAUGAUAAAGUGCGUGGAAGAAAACAAUGGUGUGGACAAACGCAUUAGCCGCUUCAUCCUUCCCAUUGGUGCCACCGUGAACAUGGAUGGAGCAGCCAUUUUCCAGUGUAUUGCUGCCGUCUUCAUCGCACAGCUCAACAAUACUGAGCUCAAUGCAGGACAGAUCUUUACCAUCUUGGUAACGGCUACAGCCUCCAGUGUCGGUGCUGCUGGUAUCCCAGCCGGCGGCAUCAUCACCAUCGCCAUCAUCCUGGAGGCUAUCGGUCUGCCGACCAAUGAUCUGUCCCUCAUGCUGGCUGUCGACUGGAUUGUUGAUCGUACUACUACAGUUGUGAACGUUGAAGGUGACGCCCUGGGAGCAGGAAUCCUCCACCACAUCAACCAGCUGGAGUCAAAGAAGCAUCAACAGGAGGUGGCGGCGGAGCUGGAAGAGGUCAGGGUUGAAUCUGUGGCCAAUGUUCAGGCGGAAGAGGAGACGUCGCCGCUCGUCAUGCGUCAAACUAAAAUCUUGGAGGGCUUGCCCGAAGCCAUUGAAUCUGUCCUGUGAACUCAGGCAAACUUUCCUUUCUUGACCGUUUGACCUGAGAUUUGUGACGUUGCUGCUUAUCGGGCAUCAGUGUGACCUGAUGUUCUUAAAAAACACAACAAAAAAGUUAAACAAAAAAAAAAGAAAAGGUUGCAACUAUGAAGGUUAAAAGUCACAGUCUGCAAUGAAGAAUCUGCAGAGCAUCCAGGAUUCUAAUCCCAGGUAGCACGUGAUGAAAUUAAACAAAUAUUUUUUUAAUUAAAAUCUCAUCAUAAUUGGUAAGUCAUCUAAUAUGUUUCAUGUUUUUUCACUCAAAGGUACACAUUAUCUCUAAAACAGGACCGAAACGUUCCAAUAAAUGUUCAAGAUGUUUUCCUUAAAGCAACUUUAAAAUGUGUGUAAAAAUGCCAGGUUUUUGUAAAAAAAAAAAAAAUUAAAAUUCUAUUUUAAUGAACCAUUAAACCGAUUUGCAAACAUUAAGUAUAACAAAUUUUGCGCAAUCCUGGUUGAAAAACGACAACAAAAAAGUAUGAAAGGCUAAAAAUAUAAAACCCAAAUAAACACAGCAAUGGCUUGCCUGCAUCAUUGUGCACACCCUUAAACUAACACUAUAUUGAAGCACCUCAUAAAACAUUUUUGGCAUUCAUUCUUCCCUAACGUUACCCAUCUAUAAUCCGAUCAAACUAAAAUGAAGUCCUGCUGGUAUUUUUCAGAAUUAUGCAUCCCUUAGCUAAAGCUGCAGGAGAAAGAAAUUGAGCAGUUUUAAUUUUUGUUGCUUCAUCAUGACUCUAUGAGCAUUAUCUGGUAAACAUAUGGUACAACAGGAAUAUUCCAAAAACUUUCAGGAUAAAAUCCCAAGAACAUUUGGAAAACAGUUCCUCAAAAUAUGUUUAGCACAGCAAUUGCACUUCAAACCAUUAA